GGCCCCUCCCCGCCCCGUCGAGGAGCUGUCUCCCGGGAGCGCGGGCUGGGCUGGGCUAGGCCUUCCCGAGUCGCCCCGCGGGUGGGUGGCGAGAAGCGGAGAUGAGCGGCGCGGAGCCGGCCGCGGGGGAGGCGGGAGCCGCGCUGGAGCCCCCCGGCCCGCGGCCGCUCGCGCCAGGCUCUAAUGAUGCAUCUCCAGAUGAAGGACUAGUUGAAGAUCUGUGUCUUGUAGACGAGAGAGCUGUGGAGCAGCUAGCCGAAGGAUUGAUUUCUCAUUAUUUGCCUGAUCUUCAGCAAUCGAAGCAAGCUCUACAAGAGCUCACACAGAACCAAGCAGUGUUAUUAGACACAUUAGAACAAGAAAUCUCAAAAUUCAAGGAAUGUAAUUCCAUUCUUGAUAUCAACACCUUGUUUUUAGAAGCCAAACAUUAUCACAGCAAGUUAGUGAACAUUAGAAAAGAGAUGCUGAUGCUCCAUGAAAAGACUUCAAAGUUGAAAAAGAGAGCACUUAAACUUCAGCAAAAGAGGCAAAAGGAGGAACUGGAACGAGAACAGCAACGUGAGAGGGAAUUUGAAAGAGAGAAACAGCUGACGGCAAAGCCGGCUAAAAGGACAUGAAAGCAGAACAUGCAUCAGCUUGUCUAAACUAAUCACUUUUAAAUUUUCUGGACUUGUUAAAACAGACUUAAACUAGUGAGCUAAAGUUGUUACAGGCAAGAGUUUACUGUAUAGUAUGUAAACUCCAAAAUGCUAAUAACCAAUCAGUAAAUCACUACUGUUCCACUUCAGCCAUUCAGGAUGCCUUCUUUUCCAAUGCUAUGCAGCUUAGUAUUGUCCUAAUGUGAACUUAGUUCUGGUACGUGCAGGGAAUUUAAGCAUCACAAUUUGAAUUACAUACCUGUAAACUUUUCCACCUGUUCUGUUGCUGUUUAGCAUAUUGGCUGAGAAGUAGGUGUGCACUCUCUUGGGCUAAGUUGAAUGUGGUGGCUGCAGUUGUGGGAGUUAACUUCUGGUCUGUGGGCACUGACUGGACCCCUCUAAUGUUGCUUCUGAUUCAGGCAUUUUUGCUUCCUUGUUGGGGUGCUCUUACUCAUUCUGGUCUUGUGUGCCAGUUGGGUAUUGUGGAUCCUCUCCUCAUGUUGCUAUGUAAAGAAUCUCUUUAAACCAUAUCAUAAUAUAUACUGAACCUGUGCAAGAAGUCCAAAUAUCAUCCUCCUACUGGCACCCCUUUCUCCACUCUACCCAUGCUUAGGCUGAAGAGUCCUGUCUUUAUGGAGGUGGGGAGCCCCAUAGUUUAUUUGGUUGACGUCUUUCAUGUUACCAAAUUUUGUAGCGACACCCUUUUAAGAUCACUUCAAAGUGCCUCAUCGGAUGACCUUAAUUUGAACUGGCAAGACUGAAGUUGUGGUAAUGCAUAGGAAUGGGGACUAGUAAGAAGCCGAAUCAAUUGUGUUAUUAAAUGAUCUCUAUGGAUUUAAAAACUGUAGGUCUCAUUGCUUUGUAUUAAACUCUAGCACAUAUUCAGCCAUAUGAUCAGUAAAAAUCCUUGCAGCAAAUUGCUGAUACAGUUGUUCCAGGUAAACCCUUGGACUUAAAUGAGACUUGAUUCAUGUGGCUGCUCACUUUUCACCACUCUUGAUGACACCUGAUUUUGAAAAAAAUGGUAUCCAUGGUCUCUUCUAAGUAAGGAGGGAGUAUUAACAUUUGUUUCUCUGAAUGUAAUUUUUUUUAUAUAAAAAAUUUGGUACAGCUGCCUGUUAAAUGAAUGUAUGCAUUAUCUAGAAUGUUAAAGAAGCUUUAAACUAUUCUAUUCCUGCAGAUGAACUAGUUUUUUUUUACCUUGGUAUUCUUUUGAAUUAACUUAAGUGAACAUAUAUUGUCACCUGAGCUGACAUCUAUCAGAAAGUAAAAUUAAGAGUAAACUCUGUAAAAUUAUUUACAAAAAUGUAUGGCAAGAUAUUAAAGGGACACAAGCAACUUAAAUCUAAUUGGUUUUUAAAAAUAAAACAAAAGUUCUAAGUGCUAUAUAAGCCUGCUGUCAUUUCCCAAUUUUUAUAAUUUUACAAUCGCAUUUUGCCCAUUUUUAAACUUUUCCUUGCUAUGUAUAUGACCUAUUCCAACAGGUAUAAUAGCAAAACCAUGCAUAAAACACAGUUUAAUGCAUGAAAUGAACUGGGAUGGAGACAACUUUUAACUCUCCAGUUACACUAAUCUAAGGAGAUACUUCUUGCAAUAAAGGGUUCAAAAAAUAAAGCCGGGUUUUUUUUAAGUUGUUGUGUCCCUUUUAACUGCAGGAGAAUGGCUGAGUAUGCUGUGGUUUUUAUGUGUUUCUAAAAGAAAUGUACAAAGAAACCUGAAGUCCAUUUUUGGAGCAGAAUGUAUAUAUUAAAAGAUUUAAUUUUGUAAAGUAACUAUAAAAUUAGUUCUUAUUAAAGUAUAGGAAGAAACUAGAUGUGUCAGUUAAAAUCAAAGUUGAUUUCCUUUAUGAAAACUUACUGGCUUUGUGUCAUCUGAUAGAGCUUAAUAUUAUGUUUUUUCCAGAUAAUUCAUCAAUAAAUGGUUUCAGCUAUAAGAGUGGGAGAGAGUACUGCUGAACUGGCAAGCAUAGAUUAUUUUUAAAUGUAAAUAAAACUAUAUUCAUUGAUACUAGUAGAUUCAGUAGAAUGUAACUUUAGAUUCAUGUGUGAAGAUCCAACACAUUCAUAUAGCUCUCACAAAGGGAAGUGUUUUAUUGUUCAAAAAACAAAACCAAAGCACUGUGAUUUUGUUUUUGGCUAUACAGAAUAGAGAAGUUCAAACAUUGAAAUCAUUGUUUAAACCAGGGCUAUCAAACUCCAGCCAAUGUAUCCAACCAGUGGAUCUAGUGUAUGAGUCCCAGAGGAGCUAGAGCAGGUGCUGUAUGUGACAUGGAUCCAUUUUCAUGGAAGAUGCCUGUGCAUGAUUUAUCAUGGAGAAGUUGCUGCAUGUCAGCUUCCAUACGAUUCUUGAUAGAACAGGACCUUGACCCGAUGUCAUGGAGGCCAAGACAGUUGGAGACCUAAUUCCACUGCGACCUUUGUCUACCUUUACAGUCAUUGUGAUUCUAACAACUUCUGCCUGCUCCACCGUUGAGGACUGGCUCAGGGCUGGACAGGCUUAUUAUAACAGCAGACUAUACUCACUAUGUCACAGCACUGUCAAAAGAUAUAUCUGGCUUUUCAGGAAACAAACCAUUGCCAUUUGCUGUCCCCACCACAUUCUGGUAGUGCUGCUGCUGCUUAGUCUGCAACUGCUUAUUCAGGUGUUCAAAAAUCGCAACAUCAUAUCUGAAACCAGGCUCAUGGUUUAUCAAACAGUUGUGAUCCACACCUUACUGUACAGAACUGAGACAUGGACAGCAAGCAUACAGGAGACAUCUCAAGUUACUGAAGAAGUACCAUCAAAGUUCCCUAUGGAAGGUCCUUCAAAUCCAGGGGGAAGGCAGAUGCAUCAACAUUAGCGUCCUUUCACAAGCAAGCCCCACAAGCAUUGAGGUAGUGAUCGUUCAAGCAGCAACUUCACUAGGCUAGACACAACACUGGGAUGCCCAUCUCCAGAAGCAAGUUUUAUUCUCCCAGCUCAGUCAAGGUGCGUGCUUAAGAGAAGGGCAGAGGAAGUGCUUCAAGGAUAUCCUCAACUUUAAAAACUGUAACCUCAACAUUGACUCAUGGGACACUAUCACCCAGGACCGCCCCAAAUGGAGGAAGAGUCUGCUGCAAGGAUAGUACUUCAAAGCCUUACGAUGACAACAGGAGACAAAAAAGUGGGAGUGGCAGAAGCAGUGUAUUGGGAACCAAAUCAAGAAUCCAGAGCCACCCACCCCACUUGGAUACACAUGCCCAAGUUACAGCAGUCUGUCAAUCCCAGAUCAGCCUCAUUGGUAAUCUUUGGACCCACAGAUAAAGCAAUUGUGAAAGAUGAUCAUCCUUGUGGAUCCCAGAGCAGGUGCUGCCUGCAGUUUGGAUUCUGAGCCAGUUGGAAAGGGGAAUGCAUGUAAUGUGAAUCUCAGAGUGACUAAGAUAGGUGCCAUAUUCUCCAUGAAUCCUAGACUAACUGGAAUGAACAGUGGGUAUCCUGGAACAAACUGUGUCACAUGGGGCCAGUCUGCAUACAAUGUGUUCAUUCUUCUAGGUCUAUUCAGAUCCAGGGGCAGCACCAGGGACCAGAUAAUAGUGCUCCAUGGGCUAUAACUUUGUCACACCCAUCUUAAACAAUUUGUGUGGAAUCAUUUUGGAUUAAUUUGUCAUCCAUUGAAGAAGGCUAUUCUGAAAGUAGCUUACGGUAGUACAUGUAGAGAAAAGUAAAAAUGUAGCAUUUACUGCUUUUUUGGGAAAUGAGAUGGGGUACUUUCUAUCCAAAUGAUGACAAUUAAAAAAAAAUUGCUGUGGCAAGUAGGACAGUAUAUUGAGGAGACUGGCUGUAAAAUCUGAUGUUCUGGUUGCUUUGUAUUGAAAUAAUAAAUACAUAAGCUGUUGGUCGGUCA